CGCUCCGUUUGGUUUCAUGGGAAAUGGCAUGUAGUUCUUUGACAGUACCGAGAGACGACGUGAUGUCUUAUACUUCUCUCCCAAGUCAAGAGCUUAGAACGGAUAUAUCUGGGUCACUUCGUACUUCAACGUUUCUGCAUCCACCCGAUGACUACCUGCUCGUGACACAAAAUCAAAAGCCCUAAACCCUUUUGGUACUGGAGCACCUUCGAGUUCUUCAAUGUCGUCCAUGAACUUCAACCCCUUCCAUAACUGGUUCGAGAAACCUUCGAAUCCAGUUCCUUCCGUUAAUCUCCUCUCGCUUGCCGACUCGUUCUUCCCCAGGUCGCAGUCUCCGAAUUUCGCUUCGAUUGGGCUACCAAAGCUUUUCAAAAGGUCCAAAAAACCCGAUUCUGGGACCGACGAACCUGGUCCGUACAUGCAACUCGCCGAGCAGUUCUUAGAGGAAUGCGAGAACUUGCCGGAUUACAGGCACACACCGGAAGUGGAGAAAAUUCUGAACGAAGAUCCCGUCUUCGACAAGAAGGAGAACCCGACACAGGAAGAGGUUGAAGAGGAGGAGAAAUGGUGGGAAAGAUUCCGAGCGAGCCCCGUGGUUCAGUUUCUGGCUCGCGCCGAGGAGAUCGCCGACGACAUGAACAAGAUGGAGCUCGAGGAGAACGACACGCCGUAUCGAAGCGAAGACGAGAAGCUGUGGCGCGCCGUCCCGCACGUGCCGGGGUUGGAUGGAAGGCCCAUGCCGAGGAAGGCUAUAAAGACGAAGGAAGAGAGCGAUGAUAAGUUUUGGGAUUUCAUGAAGCAGUUCCUCUUCGGCCUCUGGGGUUUCAGACAGCGGCCUUACCCGCCUGGUCGACCUAUCGACGUUGCUCAGGCCAUCGGGUACAAGCGGCUCGAGAAGCGCUACUACGACUUCAUCAUGAAGACUGGUAGUUGGUGGUACAAAGACCGGCUUGGCCGUUCUAGAGGCCCUUGCGAGCUUAUAACCCUGAAGACGGCUUGGGGGGCUGGAGUAAUUGAUAGAGACACUUUCAUUUGGGGUGAGGACAUGGACGAGUGGGCGCCUAUUCACAUGGUUUACGCCCUGGAACCCGCCAUUGCUACUUGGGAAGUGAGGCUGGGAGCAGCAGCAACAGCAUGCCUUCACAAACUGCAGAAGGGCAUACCGCCAUGGGUUCCUCUUAAGGGGAGAGAGCCGAAAACAUACAAGCAGCUCCAGCAAGAAGCUAUAGAGAGUAAGAAACGUGACAUGGCGGUGCUCGAAGCCAAUGGUGGAGUGUGGCCUGGAGUCAGAACUCCCAGCCAUGCUCUUUUUCUAUGGGCCAGUGGGUCUGAACUGACGACGACUCUUGAAUCUGACCCCCACAUGCCCAACAAAUUCAUUCCCAAACAGCUCAGGCAAGAGCUGGCCAAAGUGAUACCAGGGCUAAGGCCAUGGGAAGUGAUAAGCAUAGAGCAAGCCAUGGAUCAAAUCAGCUAUGGUGGAGAGUGGUAUCGUAAGCCACUUGGUACCUUCACCACUGGGCCUCCUUACAUCAAGGAAUGGAAUAGAGACUUCCUGAGACUCUUCCGGAUUUUCCAGAGCCUCAGCCUUGAUGUAGCUCAGAAGCUGCGGCGCACGAUUCCUGGCUUCGACAAGAUUAUGGAGAAAGUUGAGGCUGAUGCCGAAGCUCGGGUCGAACGCAGGCUUCGCCGGAGGGAGGAACAGAAAAGGGCCGAAGACAUGAUGCAUUUGUACGGCCCUACUGAGGAAGAUGACGAUGGCGACUCCAAAGGAUCUAGCUGAUUGCUCCUGGAAACUUCGUGUUGUUUUUAUGUUGUGCUCCUCAAACCACAGCGUUUCAGCUUGCGUUCGAUCGAAUGCCUUGCCAUUUUUUUUUUGUAACUUGUCCUCUUUCCCUCUGUUUGUUUUUUUUA